UGAUGAAAUGGAAUCUCAAAAUCUCUUUCUCUAUCUAUCACUCCUCGUUCUCUCUAUAACCUUCUUCUUUCAGAAUAUCAAGCCGAGGCUAGGCCGCUUCUUCCAGCCUUCUUUAGAAACUCGAGCCAAGGCCGCCAUUUUAUCAAGACAAGAAGUAGCCCAGUUUCUUGAUUCUCCCAUUGUGAAAGAACAAGAACAAGAAGAAGGUAUAAGCCCCCGUUCCACGUUUGAUUUUGAUCCGUACAUGGAAACAAAAGUCGAAUUAGUAAACAAAGCCUUAGACGAAGCCAUUCCAGUAGGUGAGCCACUCAAGAUCCACGAAGCCAUGCGUUACGCGGUUCUUGCAGCAGGGAAACGCGUUAGGCCAAUACUAUGCCUUGCUUCUUGCGAGCUAGUAGGAGGCGAAGAAAACGCGGCGAUGCCAGCGGCUUGUGCGGUUGAGAUGAUACACACCAUGUCUCUAAUUAAAGACGACUUGCCUUGUAUGGACAAUGACGAUCUGCGUCGUGGGAAGCCUACGACGCACAAAGUCUACGGCGAAGGAGUCGCUAUUCUCUCCGGAGGAGCUCUCUUGUCUCUUGCCUUCGAGCACAUGACGACGGCGGAGGUAUCCUCGGAGAAAAUGGUUUGGGCGGUCAGGGAACUGGCUAGGUCAAUUGGAACUAGAGGGUUAGUCGCGGGACAAGCUAAGGACAUAAGUAGUGAAGGUUUGGACUUAGACGAGGUAGGACUAGAGCAUUUAGAGUUUAUACACGUACACAAAACCGCGGUUCUUUUGGAAACUGCUGCGGUUCUUGGAGCCAUUAUUGGUGGUGGGUCUAAUGAAGAGAUUGAGAGAGUAAGAAAGUUUGCAAGGUGCAUUGGGUUGUUGUUUCAGGUGGUGGAUGAUAUUUUGGACGAGACCAAGUCGUCGGAGGAACUGGGAAAAACCGCCGGGAAAGAUCAGCUCGUGGGAAAGCUGACGUAUCCCAAGCUGAUGGGUUUGGAAAAGUCUAAGGAAUUUGUUAAGAGAUUGACGAAAGAUGCACGUGAACAUCUUCAAGGGUUUAGUAAGGAAAAAGUGGCUCCUUUAGUAGCUCUUACUAAUUUUAUUGCCAACAGAAACAGAUGAAAUGUCAUGUCUUUUAGAACUUGAUUUUUUUUGUUUUAUUUGUGUGUAUCGGGUUUAUAAAAUCCGCCAUAAAAAUACAGAUAAAAAUAUCAAUUUUCAAUGAUAGUAUUUAUAAAAUCAGCCAUAAAAAUAAAGAUAAAAAUAUCAAUUUUCAAUGAUAGUAUAAAUAUCUCUAUACAAGAAAGAGACUAAAUUUGCUGCUUUAUAUUGCCACUUCUUCUUUGAUGUAGUUCAUGAUUUCAACAAUAUAUUUCAACAAUAAAUAUUCGGUUUAACAAAAGAACAUCAUCAGUAAAGCCGAAGAAAAAGGGUACCGGAACAACUUUUCAAUAUUUAUAUUCUGAUACAAUAUAGGCCUGCCCAUUUUAAAAGAAAGAUUAAUUACGCACAAGUAUAAGACUAAAAACUGUGGUUCAAUAUAUGACUUGUGUCUCAUGACUCGCUCAACGUAUGUAUGUACUACACCAAUUUUCAUGAGCAGACAUACACCAUUAUUUUAGUUUUGAAUCUUUGGCCAAUUUUUAAUCCAAGAUUCUUGAGUUUUUUGGGUCCUAUAUGUGGACUCAUAUGCAUUUUCUACGUGGUGGUAUUAUUGUCCUUUAGAAGAUAGAGGUAUUUAGAAGUCGUUGAAACUCAACUUCAAACUUUGAAAUUAAUGCAAGUCUCUAGUCAACAACUAUUGAGU